CAAAUCCGGCACCUUCCCAGACUAACCUGAACAUCAAUUUCAGUUCUUAUUUUUACAACUGAUCCCAACGCAAGUAAAACUUCAAAACAAUGCCCAAAACUAUGAACAAGCACACGAACUAAGAGGUCAAUUGCCCAAGAAAGAAACCAAAAAUCUCAAAAAAAUUACAGAAAAAUGGAAGAACAAAUGUGCAUAGAUUGCUUAAAACAUCGAAUUCAAUCAGAUAUUUCCGAUAAAUUAUUCUUCUCUUACGCCUUCUCUGAUUCCGCUCUUCCCUUAGCUUCUAGGGCUGUUGUUCAAAUGUCGAAUUCAAGUGGGGAGGUAUCAUCUAAAUUUAUGCUGGUGUAUUUACCUCGGCAAGAAGAUGACUGCAUCACUAAAUACGUGGAUGAUUGUAUUUUGGAUGACGGUGAAUGCAUUGAAAACGGAAACAAUGAUCAAAGUAAUGACAUAGAAGUCUCCGGCAACAACAGCUUUUCGCUGUCUUCUCCUAUGUGGAAAAUGUCCACCCCAUUGUUAAGGACUGGAAUGAAGACUGGAGUCUGCAGUCUUUAUUGUGAGAACUCUUCUUGUCACUAUUCUAGUAGGUUUUCUUGCUUAAGAACAAUAACUGCAAUUGCACCAUGCGCUUUUGUUGGUCAUUGUACCUUCUCUACAUUUGAGAAUAUAGCUUCCAAUUUUUCAUCUGGAUGGUUGGAAGAUGACAUGUUGUGUUCUGUCAGUGUCAUGAUUGAAGGUAAAGCAACAUGUCGUGCUAGUCAAAAUUUUCUUAGGUUACUUGGAAUCCCUUCAUUUAGUGAUUAUCAAGUCCCUGGUUGUUUGAGGCAUCCAAAUCUGGUACCAGUGUUGGGAAUGCUAAAGGCGCCUGGAUAUACCAUUGGAGUUUACCCUAAGGCUCCUCACACGCUGGAAAACAUUCUCCACUACAGUCCUGAAGCAUUGAAUUCUGAGUGGCAUACAAGAUUUAUGAUAUACCAGCUACUCUCAGCCCUCUGUUAUAUCCAUGGUUUAGGGCUUACCCAUGGCAACAUCCGUCCCUCUACGGUGAUGUUCUCAAGUUUUUCAUGGACCUGGUUAAGCAUAUGUGAUAUACCUCAUGUAAAGUAUGUAUUAGGUGAAGAUGAUGAAGAAUCCUUGGCCUCACCCCUCAUAGGAAAAAGUUGUUCCACUCCUGAUUGUCUUUCUAAAAGCCUUUAUGCUGAUCUGAAUCUUUCCUCAUCAGUAGAUUGGCCCACAGAAUUUUAUAAGUGGUGGAGGGGAGAGCUAAGUAACUUUGAGUAUCUACUUGUCUUAAACAAACUAGCUGGAAGAAGAUGGGGAGACCACACAUUUCAUACAGUAAUGCCGUGGGUAAUAGAUUUCAGUGUCAAGCCUGAUGAAAAUUAUGCUGUAGGGUGGAGGGAUUUAAGCAAAAGCAAGUGGCGCCUGGCAAAAGGUGAUGAACAGCUGGAUUUUACAUAUUCAACAUCUGAAAUUCCACAUCAUGUUUCAGAUGAGUGCCUUUCUGAAUUGGCUGUUUGCAGCUACAAAGCAAGGAGGUUACCGCUGAGUGUCCUGCGUUUGGCUGUACGUGCAGUGUAUGAACCUAAUGAAUAUCCUUCCACUAUGCAAAGACUAUACCAAUGGACUCCUGAUGAGUGCAUUCCAGAGUUUUAUUGUGAUCACCAAAUCUUUUAUUCUCUUCACCCUGGUAUGAGUGAUUUAUCAGUGCCUUCAUGGGCUGGAAGUCCGCAAGAGUUCAUAAAAUUUCAUCGUGAUGCACUUGAGAGUGAGCGGGUUUCACGUGAAAUUCAUAACUGGAUUGAUAUCACCUUUGGAUACAAAAUGUCAGGUCAGCCAGCUGUAGCUGCCAAGAAUGUCAUGCUGCCGUCAUCACAACCCACAACGCCAAGGCCAAUAGGGCGUCGUCAACUAUUUACUCAACCACACCCUGUUCGCUGGGGCAAUACCAAGAGAAAUAGAGUCAGUGCUAAUGUUGGGGGGGCUGUCUCUAUACAUCAUGAGAACUUAGUUGAUAGCAAAAAACCUUUAUUCGAUGGAACUGAUUACUUGAGAAAGAUAGAAGAAGCUGCUGCAUUUUGCCAACAUUCCAGGCAUUUACAUCCCAUAUACUCAGAGAAAGUUGUGAAGAGUUUCUCUGCUGACCUAGAGUCCUCUAAUCAGGAUAGCAAGUGUCAUGUAAGUGAUGAUGUUACUAAAGCAACUGAUAACAAAUUCAGCUUUUGUAUGUUGCCUAAAGUGGAUUCCAAUAAUAUCCUUGAGUAUCUUGAGGAAGAUGAUAGUUCUAGAGGAUAUCAAGAGUUGUUGCUUUGGGCUCAACAAUCUUUCUGUCAGAACAAACUCUCAACAUCUGUUGCAAAGGAUAUCUUUUCUCUGGGCUGUGUUGUUGCAGAAGUUUACUUGAGGAAGCCUCUAUUUGAUUCAGUUUCUUUAUCCACAUACGUGGACAGUGGUGCUUUACCUGGAAUUUUGAGAGAACUUCCUCCACAUGUGAAAAUUUUUGUUGAAGCAUGUGUCCAGAAGAAUUGGAGAAGGAGGCCUUCUGCCAAGAGUCUUCUGGAGUCUCCAUUCUUUCCUGUAACAGUCAAGUCCUCGUACAUUUUUAUUGCUCCCCUUCAGCUUUUGGCAAAGGAUGGAUCACGUCUACAUUAUGCUGCUAAUUUUGCCAAGAAAGGGGCCUUGAGAUCCAUGGGGACGUUUGCUGCUGAAAUAUGUGCUACUUAUUGCUUACCUCUAAUGCAAAACUCUUUAUCAGAUGUUGAAGCUGAAUGGGCUUGUGUACUUUUUAAAGAAUUUCUAAGAUGUCUGAAACCUGAAGCAAUCAAGAGAUUGGUGUUGCCUUCCAUUCAGAAGAUUUUACAGGCAACAGGCUAUUCACAUUUGAAAGUUUCCCUUCUGCAAGAUUCAUUUGUGCGUGAGGUAUGGAACCACGUUGGGAAGCAAAUAUACCUUGAAACAAUUCACCCUUUGAUCAUAUCAAACCUGCUUAAUUCUCCUCAUAAAAACUCUGCAUCUGCUGCGUCUGUGCUAUUAAUUGGGUCCAGUGAAGAGCUCGGUGUUCCUAUUUCCAUUCAGCAGACAAUCUUACCUCUGAUGUCUUGUUUUGGCAAAGGACUUUGUGCUGAUGGAAUUAAUGCUCUAGUUAGAAUUGGUGCUGUUUUGGGUGAGAGUUUUAUUGUCUCACAGAUUCUUCCGUUGCUGAAAAAUUUUGUUCGUUCCUGCGUUGAUACAUCUUUUAUCAAUAAGCCUGAGCCUGUGCAGAGUUGGAACUCUUUAGCUCUUGUUGAUUGUCUCUUUGUGUUAGAUGGUUUGAUUGCAUUGUUGCAGAAAGAAGUGGUGGUCAAGGAGUUGCUUGAAGGCCAAAGUUGCUUGUUUGUUGUGAUUCUUAUGCGAGGCAACCUGGAACUUCCAGUACUUCAGGCUGCUGCUGCUACUCUCAUCACUAUUUGUCAGCAGAUUGGUCCAGAUUUAACUGCUUUGCAUAUCAUACCUCAGCUGAAAGAGCUGUUUGAUGAGCUUGCUUUUUCUCGUGAAUCAUCUAGUUCACCCCUCUCUCUGGGAAAAAGCUAUAAGAUCUCCAAACACAGCUCAGACAAGGAGGCAGAAAUUGAAAGUCGCAUGGAUCUAGCGUGGGUGUUGCUUUUAUAUCCUUUUCUUGCAACUCUUCUCGGCAUAGAGAGACUGCGGCAAUGUUGUGCUACAUGGCUUCUGCUUGAAAAAUAUCUCCUUAAGCAUUAUAACUGGAAGUGGGAAUUUACAGGAGAUUCAUCUAGGAGCAGUUCAGGAAACUGUGAUUCUAGAAAGGCCUUGAUCAAAGAAAGCGUUAAGUCUAAGUACAAUCCAACCAAACUGCUAAUGAACGGAGUUGGAUGGGCAGUACCACAAUCUCAGGGAAGUAAAGGAAGCAAUGAUAUGGUACUUCAUAAACGCUUUUAUGAAACUCAUCAAAACUCAGCCGAAAUUAACUCAGAAACAUUUAAAGUUGGCAAAUGUGAACCAUGGUUCUGGUUCCCUACUCCUGCUACUACUUGGGAAGGGCCAGAUUUUCUUGCCCGUGUCGGCACUUCAAAAGAUGAGAGUCCGUGGAAGAUUAAGGCAUCAGUAAUACACUCUGUCCGUGCUCAUCAUGGAGCAUUGAGGUCUUUGGCUGUAGAUCAAGAUGAGUGUACUGUAUUUACUGCAGGAGUAGGUCCUGGUUUUAAGGGAAUGGUUCAAAGAUGGGACUUGUCAACUGUUGAUUGCGUGUCUGGUUACUAUGGUCACGAGGAGGUGGUGAAUGACAUAUGUAUCCUUCCUUACAGUGGGAGGGUGGCGUCUUGUGAUGGGACCAUACAUGUUUGGAAUAGCCAAACUGGAAAAGCAAUAACACUAAUUUCUGAAUCAUCUGCCACUAUGACUCAAACUUCUGGACCUCCAUCUUCCGCAAUGAGGGUCAACACUGACCAAGCUAGUAUGCUGAACUCAUACCCACAUUCUGGUGGAAUUUUUACCAGCAUUGAUAGUACUUUGUAUACCUGCAUGCAUUUCUUAGAAUCUGUGGAAAAGCUUGUAGUUGGUACUGGAAAUGGUUCUCUCAGAUUCAUUGAUCCUGCUGUCGGUGAGAAGCUUCAUAUGUGGAACAGUGAAUAUGCAGAUUAUGGAUUCCCUUCCCUUGUUUCUGCCAUAUGCUCUUGUGGUUCUGACAAAAUGGAAUAUACUUCUUCUCACUCUUGGAUUGCAGUGGGACUGGGUUCUGGUAAUUGCAGGCUGCUUGAUGCCAGAAGUGGCAAUGUCAUUGCCUCCUGGCGUGCUCAUGAUGGAUAUGUGACAAAGCUGGCUGCACCAGAGGAUCAUUAUCUUGUUUCCAGCUCUCUGGACAAAACCUUACGAAUCUGGGACCUCAGAAAGAGUUUGCCGCCACAAUCCAUUGUCUACAAAGGUCACAGUGAUAGUAUAUUAGAUUUUUCUGUUUGGGGCCAAGAUAUAGUUUCAAUCGCCAAAAAUAAAAUUGGACUUUCCUCUCUGGCUGGAACUAUGGAUGAAUAUGGCCAGCAUCGUAUUGUUCGUCAGGCUCUACAUACAGCAGACCGAGGGUUCCAAAACAUGUCUGUGUUGUCGAGCAUAGCUAUUCUUCCAUUUUCACGACUUUUUCUCGUCGGAACAGAGGAUGGUCAGCUGAAAAUCUGUUCUUGAAUUGCUGUUUAUGACACAGCUAGUUUUACACAAUCAUUGACUUAGAUUCAUUGAGGAUGAAUACACCAUGAACGACACACGGGAUAGGAAUUUGUAAAUUUACACCUACAGCGAAGUUUGCAUAAUUCUUUUCAAUUAUUAUUUUUUUGUAUAGCUUAUAUCAUACAUUUGUUUGUUGUUUCCCUCUCCAUUUUGUUGUUUUGUGAGUUUUUAGGGGUGGGAGAAUGGGGUAGAUGGUUUUUGUUUCAUCAACAUUGUUGGUGUGUUUUAGUUUAUUAUUUUUAUACUUUAGAGGAAAUUUACUGUGACACGUGUAUCCUUACUUUUUUAUCUACUGUAUAAUUUGUAAUCUAAUUAUUUCAUUCUUACAUCUAAUAAAAAUUUAAACUGUCUUUAUGUUAAGAUUUGCUUUAAGUUGUCUGCAUGAUACUCGAGUUUCCUCCCUAAACCUGUGAAUGCAGAGAUGAACAUAUUCCUUAGCUGCUCUGUCUGAAUUAGCGUAACCACCCUGGGGUGGAGGUUUCUCGUUGCAUAGACCUAGGCGUGUGAAGAACCUCACUGGGUCCACCGAUUGCGGUUGAAGAAAAUCUCCAAUGUUCAUUUUCUAUCCUCUCAAAAACA